AUGGUUUCUGGUGUGAAAAGCGGUACUUUCCAGCGUACCGAAAGUUCAAGUAAAUUAGACGCGCCUUCUGAUAAACACCAUCAUCACGCUGUGCCUACCGGUUCAGUCUCGAAUGGAUCCGCUAAGAAUGAACACAUCGACGAUGUCGAAAACCAUGUGAAAUUUUACAAGAAUGCGUUCAAAGUGAAACGAAGAGAACAACUGAAUGCAAUUAAAUCGGUUUUAUCCAUUGAUAAUACCAAAAAACGUAAUACUCUUGUUUCGGAUCUUAUAAGUGGCAUGUUCAAGGUAAUGAACGAAGCGAAAGAGUUGAUUGAGCGAAAGAAUUAUCAUGCAAAAGAUAAAUUCCCAUUCGACAAUACGGAACUGAAAGAAGCUGUUGCUAUUGUGGUUGAAAACAUGGCGUUUUUGUGUGAAUUUGCCUUGAGAUUCCCCUCUAUCGUCAAUAAAAGAUAUUCAACAGAUUAUAAGUUCAAAACAGUUGUACAGUGGUCUUAUCAGUUCAGUGAAGAGACUGAUUUAUAUGAUGAGAAUUCAAUGAAAUUGCUGAAUUUAUGUGGACAACAACUCAAUUUCAUUCCGAGAGAUGAGAAUUUCGUGAAUCCGUACGAUAAGAAGCAAAUAAAAGAGGAUAUCGAGCGAGAGGCUGUCAAGAAAAUAGAUGAAGCGAGAAUGAAGAAAAUGGAACAGAAGAAAUUUGAAAAGCAUAAAAAAUUGAAGAAACCAACACUGUCAAGAACUGAACUCUAA